AAAAAUGUGUUUACGUCAUGUUUUUUUUCUCUUUGUAAUACGCGGGUCGUGCAGAAGGUGGCACUGUUUCCCACUCGGUUUGUUUUUGUGGUUGCUAGGACACAAGUUGCCCAGAAGCCGAAACGCUAAUGUGUUAAAUACACGCUAAAAGUUGAUGUCUGCAGGAGUUAGAACACAACUGUUGGCCUAAAAAUGUCGGACACAGACGUAGACCAAGAUGGACAAAAACCAAAAGGCGUAUUCUCUACUUUAAUGGCCGAUGGGGAUUGGCUGUACAUUAAAGGAGAGUAUAAAAAGGCAAUACAGAGCUACACAACGGCACUGACUUUAAAGCCUGAUGAUAAGACAUGCUACGUUGGCCGAUCCAAAUGUUACCUGAAGAUGGGGCAAUCUGAAAACGCUUUGAAGGAUGCAGAGGCUUCACUCAAAGAAGACAUUUCAUUUUUUGAGGGAUUAUACCAAAAAGCUGAGGCAUUAUACUACAUGGGUGAAUUUGAAUUUGGGCUGGUGUUUUACCACCGAGGACAAAAGCUACGUCCACAAAUACAGGAGUUCAGACUAGGUAUCCAGAAAGCACAGGAGGCCAUAGAAAACUCUGUUGCAAGCCCUUCUUCUGCAAAAUUGGAGAUAAAAGGUGACCUAUCAUUUCUACAAAAAGAUGAAGAGAGAGCCCAACCAAUAGCUGCCAUUCUGAAUCUCACAACAGAGAAAAAACAGCAGACAAAGAAGGCGCCCAAAAGUGAGAAGACAACCAAAAAACUUCUUGGAGAGUUUUACAGUGAUAAGAAGUAUCUAGAAACCCUGCUCAAAGAUGAAGAUUUGGUAAGAGGCAAGACAAAAAGUGGGGAGCGACUACAGGACGUCAUUCAGGGCUGCCUCACAUACCUUGACUCCUGCACUGAGUUCUGGAACCAGGAGAGACCUAUCGGUACACAAAAAAAGGAGCGUCAGGUCAAGCAGAAACAUUCUACUAAAGCACCCUCUGAGCCUUCUCAGUUUCUGCUGAAGAGCCUGGAUGACAUUGAUGCAGAGUUGACAUCAGGAAAUGCAGAAGGUAGUCUGAAGAAGGCAGAAGAAGUCAUGAAGGUAGUGCAGGGCUGGCCAGAGAAAGAGGUGCCUAAUAAGAAAGAGGUUAUUGGCAGCCUGCACAGUUGUAUUGGGAAUGCCUUGAUCGACCUUGGAAAUAUGGACAAGGCUUUGGAGCAUCAUCAAAAAGACUUGGAGUUGGCUAAGCAGUGCAAACUCCCAGAUGCAACGUCCAGGGCUCUGGACAACAUUGGGCGGGUUUACGCCCAAAUUGGACAGUUCGCACAGGCCAUCGAGUUCUGGGAGAAGAAGAUUCCCUUGGUCUGUGGUGGUUUGGAAAAGACCUGGUUGUUUCAUGAGAUCGGUAGGUGUUACCUGGAGCUCAAUCGUCACAAAGAAGCUCGAGACUAUGGCUUCCGCUCAGUGGCUGCUGCUGAUGAAAUUGCUGAUGAGAAAUGGCAGAUGAAUGGCAAUGUUUUGGUGGCACAAGCAGAAUUGAAACUUGGAAACUUUGAAUCAGGUGUCCUUCACUUUGAGAGAGCCUUGACCCAGGCCAGAUUGCAAGGAGACAACUCUGCCAAAAUUGUCAUUCAGAAGAGCCUUGAUGAAGCCAAGCAACAUCUUUCACACUGAGGAUGACUCUGAGGGCAUACCAAAAACAAAAAUAAUCAAAUGAAAAAUGGUUCAAUAAAAAGACACAGAUAAAAGGAAACUGGCAACUGAGAUAUUUGGGUUUUUACUUCUUAAAAUCCAU